UUCUGCAAGAAGCUUUAUGAGAGCUCGCCCGAGCGUCGCCGGCGUCACUGGGCAGGCACAUCCACAUCCAUCUGAUCUCCAGCAGCUGCUCACAUCCCAGAUUGGCCAGCUUUUGUACAAAUUCAUAUUUAUGCGUUAAGAGCCUCGACCGCAAGCAACCAUGAGCGACGCUGUCGUUGGAUUCCUUAAGGACUUUCUGGCGGGAGGCAUUGCCGCUGCUAUCUCCAAAACGGCCGUGGCACCCAUCGAGAGGGUCAAGUUGCUUCUGCAGGUGCAACAUGCCAGCAAGCAGAUCUCCGUGGAGCAGCAGUACAAGGGCAUCAUGGACUGCGUGGUGCGCAUCCCCAAGGAGCAGGGCUUCAUAUCGUUCUGGCGCGGCAACCUGGCCAACGUGAUCCGCUACUUCCCGACACAGGCGCUCAACUUCGCCUUCAAGGACAAGUACAAGCAGAUCUUCCUGGGCGGCGUCGACAAGCACAAGCAGUUCUGGCGCUACUUCGCCGGCAACCUGGCGUCGGGCGGCGCCGCGGGUGCCACGUCGCUGUGCUUCGUGUACCCCCUCGACUUCGCCAGGACGCGUCUGGCCGCCGACGUGGGCAAGGGCAACGCGGAGCGCGAGUUCAAGGGUCUGGCCGACUGCCUCACCAGGAUCUUCAAGUCGGACGGCGUGCGGGGACUCUACCAGGGCUUCAACGUGUCCGUGCAGGGCAUUAUCAUCUACCGUGCCGCCUACUUUGGCAUCUAUGACACGGCUAAAGGCAUGAUGCCGAACCCGAAGAGCACGCCCCUCGUCGUGAGCUGGAUGAUCGCUCAGACUGUGACGGCCGUGUCUGGUUUCGUGUCCUACCCAUUCGACACCGUGCGUAGGAGGAUGAUGAUGCAGUCUGGGCGCAAAGGAGCCGACAUCAUGUACCGGGGCACCAUUGACUGCUGGAAGAAGAUUUUGCAGCAGGAGGGCGGCAAGGCUUUCUUCAAGGGCGCCUGGUCCAACGUGAUCCGUGGCGCGGGAGGCGCCUUCGUGCUCGUGCUGUACGACGAGAUCAAGAAUGUGCUGUAAGCGGCCUCCACUCGCCAGCCAGCCAUCCUAGCAGCACGCCAACAGGCGCGCCACCUCACCAGGUCCAGCGGAAAUCUGAGGAAGCCACGAAUGUCCUUGCCAGCAGAGGCUCUGCUCAUUUUUUGGGGGGGGGGGGCACUUCGAUGCAAUUUCUAUUUUUGGUGAAAUGUUACCGACCAUUAAAUUGAAGCUCACGUAAAAAAAAAAGUUUACAGUUGAUCAAUCACGGUUUCUUUUUGUCAUCUGGAUAAUUCCGUGCGUCAAAAAUGUGCCUUUUUCUUUUGGGGGAACGGCGUUGAGGUUUCUGCAGAUUUCUGCCGUGUAUUAUUUGUCAUGCAUGACUUGGUCCGGAGGUCUUUUCAACAAUGCAACGAAGAGCAAACCCGCGCGUUCAGACUAAUACUGUUUUGCGACGAGAGCCUUUCUUGAGGGUUUAAAGGUCACGUUGAGUGGUUGUGCCAGCCAUUGUAUUGUGAUGUCAACAGUACUGGCUCUAAAUGUUGUUUUAGCAUUUACGUUAUGGUUCACAUGAUAGUGAUCGGAGUUUGGGACUUAAAAAGAUAAAGUGAAAAUUAUGUUUAGGAACAAUGUUUAAAGUAUGACUUCAACAACUCCAGAUUUAAUGGGCUGGAUAAAGUCCAUGUUUCCAUGGCUACCAAUUUCCAUUCUCUUUAAAACUGCAGAUUGAACACUGCACGCAUAUGUUGAUUGGUUGACGUGUAAAUAUGAACUGUGACCCAAAACUCCUGAAGUUGGUUAACCCUGUCUCAAAUAAACAUGUUACGAUUAUGCAGUCAGUCUGAAACAAUACGAGAGAAUGCGGAUUAAACUUCCUAUUAUAACCGUG